AACCAAUAUGAACUCACUGAAUAUAUUUUGCGUUUUGUUUUAGAAAUUCCUUUCCCGGGACCUGGAAACUUUACCGACAGAGAGGAAGGUGAUAAAGGUGAUAAAGGUGAUAAAGGUGAUCGAGGACCUGUUGGUGUUACAGGCCUGAAAGGUGAACCUGGGGUCAGAGGUAAACCCGGAAUCGCUGGAACGCCCGGAGACCUUACUAGAAAGGGUGACAAGGGAGAACCAGGAAGCAUUUUCAAUUUUAAUGGAACUACAGAUGUUCCAGGUGCGCCAGGUAUGAAAGGUAUGAAAGGUAUGAAAGGUGAUGUUGGACCGGUUGGUGAGCCUGGCGUGAGAGGACCAAGCGGCUUGCCAGGCAGACCAGGAUUUAAAGGUGAACCCGGCGUUGAUGGAAUUAAUGGUUUGGACGGUAAGGAUGGUGUUGAUGGUCAAGAUGGUGUACAAGGACCCAUAGGAUUGAAAGGAGACCGAGGCGAACCUGGGAAAAUGUGCGAAUCAUGUGAUAUUGGUUCUGGUUAUGUAGGCGGAGAAAAAGGAGAACCAGGACAAACAAUAGUUGGAGAACCAGGGGUUCCUGGUAGUCGCGGGCCAGCUGGCCCUAAAGGUGAAAGUGGAAGGCCAGGUGAACAAGGCUUGCAAGGUAAAAUAGGAUUAGGAACCAAAGGGGAGCCCGGUGAACGUGGUGUAAAAGGUGAAGCCGGAACGGAAGGGUUACCAGGUGUGAAAGGAGAAAGAGGUGAACGUGGAUUUAAGGGAGAUGCUAUCAUAGGUCUACCAGGAGAGAAGGGAUCCAUUGGUGAGCAAGGACCCCUUGGCGUUGAUGGUAAACCUGGAGACGCUGGUCCUGAAGGACCUCCCGGUAUCAAAGGGGAGCCCGGCGUCGGAAAAAGAGGACCACCCGGUAAAGACGGCGAUAAAGGUGGUAAAGGAUCGAAAGGUGAGCGAGGACAAGAUGGAAUACCUGCACUUGGUUUUGAUAAUUACACUAUCCCCGUACAAGGAGACAAAGGCGACCAGGGAGAACCAGGACAGAAAGGAGCAGAUGGAGAACCAGGUGUACCCGGUGAGAAAGGAAUGAAAGGUGAUUUGGGUCCAUCUGGACUAAAAGGAGAACCUGGAAGUGUUGGAAAAAUCGGUCCAGUUGGAAGGAAAGGAGAGACUGGAGAGCGUGGUGAUAUUGGUUAUCCUGGCGAGGAGGGGAAACCCGGACCUGAAGGCGAAAGAGGUAUACCUGGACUUAGAGGUGAACCUGGUCUACCAGGACUUAAAGGUGAUGUUGGACCUGAAGGACUUCGAGGAAUUCCAGGAAUUGAUGGGCUAAAGGGUGAACCUGGUGACACUGGACCUAUGGGAGCCGUAGGACUGGAUGGUUUACCUGGAAAAUCUGGAAGAAACGGAAUAGAUGGCCAAAAAGGAGAUUAUGGUGAGAAAGGUUCAGUAGGACAAAAAGGAGAACCAGGAGAUAGUAUUUUGGGAAGCGGAGAUUUGCAAUUGCCAGGAGCAAAAGGCGAGAGAGGUAGACCUGGACCCAAAGGUAGUAUUGGACCCAUAGGACCCAUAGGACCACAAGGUGAGAAAGGAAUGGACGGUCCACCCGGAAAUGAUGGAAAACCAGGAGAGAAAGGCAUGAUCGGACCGGCAGGAGAGUCUGGUGAGAGAGGACCAAUCGGUUUCCGUGGGCCCAUAGGACCACUUGGACCCUCAGCGUAUAUAUAUGUACGCCACAGUCAGUCCCAUUCAACACCCAACUGUCUCCACAAUCACACAAAAGUUUGGAACGGCUACAGUUUGUUGCACACAGAAGAUGAAGGAAGAAUCCACGUCCAAGAUUUGGGUAUGGGCGGUUCCUGUUUGGAGAAAUUCAGCCCAAUUCCUUUCUUGUUCUGUACCAUUUCCGGAACAUGCAAUUUUGCUACAAGAACAGCCACAAGUUACUGGCUAUCGACGGGUAGGAGUGUUCCCAUGAUGCCUGUCAUGGGAGAUGAAGUUUUAGAACACAUCAGCAGAUGCGCAGCUUGUCAGUCACCAACACCUCUCAUUGCUGUACACAGCCAGUCAGUAAUGGUACCAGAAUGUCCUAAGGGAUGGAACGAACUCUGGACAGGAUUCAGUUUCGUCAUGCACACAAUUGGUGCCGUAGGCGGUGGUCAACCAUUAGGCAGCCCUGGUAGUUGUCUGGAAUCAUUCUAUUUCAACCCUUACAUUGAAUGUAAUAACCGAGGCGAGUGCUACUACUUCCACGACAAACACUCUUAUUGGUUAGCAGGUAUUGACAAGACAAGCAGUCCAAAUGGUCCUCUUAACCCACAGAGUCAAACACUGAAGUCAGGUGAACAUAUUCAGCGAAUCAGUCGGUGCAAGGUAUGUGCGUAUGAUGAGAACGCGCAAUAAAAAGAUGAUUGUUAAACGAAUGAAAUAAUUAUUAAAAAAAAGUAAAGAAAACUCUCUUAAAAUAUUUUUUUAACAAACAAGAAAGAAAGGAGAACAUUUGACAGAAUGUGUGAAAGUACAUGCAAGAUAAGACAUCUAGGCUUGUACGUAACGAUGACAUUUUUUUUUAUUGAAGAAUGAAGUAAAAUAAAAAUAAACAAACAAAAAAGUAAACAAAAAAUAAGGAAGUUAUAAAAUUUGUUGGGUUAGACAGAAAGCGAAACACCGUACAUGAAAACGAGGUUUUAACACGAAUAGCAAAACUAAUUAUAAUUGAAAAAAAGUACUAAUGAAGAAAUAUACAAACACGAAAGCUACAACUAAAACACCGAUCAUCCUCCUGUGUAAUCUAAGGAAUUAUUUUAAUACAAGAAACGGUAUCAGGUCUUUGUCAGUGCGAAGGGUGUUUCUUGAAGAAAUUUUACUGGUGUAACGCCACCGUAACGUUAGUUUAACCCAUCACUUUUGGUUCUCGCAGCGCAAUUUUAACACAUUAUCACCUUGUCCUCAACAUCAGGGAAAACAAAAACCACCAAAGCAGACAUUUUUUUCCACUGUUCUGUUCACCUGUUUGUUUUAUUACAUGGUUUUAUAUUGAUUAUUUUUUUUAUGACAUCCCAGACCAGAUAAUAAAAUCCUACAAAAAUAAAUGUAAA